AUGUUUUCUCAAUGGAAUGAACAGCCAAGUGGACUCUUUGUACAUGGGUUUCAAUUUUCCACACAAUUCACAAGAGUGAAUGCGGACAAUACAACUGAACGAUUAGCAUUGAUGACCUUCUCUUAUUCAUCAGCUUCAAACAUCCUUAAUUGGGACUUUAUUUUUGACAAGAUUGGCGCAUCACUGACCAAGACCAACACAAACAACACGUCGUAUAUCUUUCAAUACUUUAGACUCAUCCAUUCACAUGUAAUCAAGAACACAGAGUACGGCAACUCAUUGUUUUUGCCUGAAGAGAUUUUUCAAUCGAGUACAACCAACUCGGAUGGAAUACCCAUUGACUCUGCGAAAAUGAAAUUGGAUUUGAAUGGUUGGACACGAGGUCACUUGAAAAGUGCUUCUGACCUUCUCGAGAUACCAGAGUUGUAUAAGAACAAUUAUUACCUGCAGUGGUUCUCAAUACGAUUUAACACAUCGCUAUUUGAGCAAAUGUUGAUGUCUAACGAUACCUACAGAAUACAAUUCAACGAAAGCAGCAUUGAGAACAUUACAUCAUCAAUUUAUACUCUCUUUCAAGGUCAACCCAACCCCUCAUACACAUUCUCAACACUGAAAGUAAUCAGAAACGCUCUACUGAUUGAGAACAUGACGACGAGUUCAGAUCCAGUGACAAACAUUUGUUCCUCUGUCUCACCAGUGAUUGCAUUUGCUUGGAGUUCUUGGAAGUUGUGGUUUGUGCUGAUAUGCCUGAUCAUCAUGCUCGUUCUAUUGAUACUGUCUGUGUGGAGGCCAUAUGUGGUGAUCAUUUGUACUGUGGUUAUUUUCAAUAUCGCUGGAAUUCUUACAUUGGAUCAAACAGUGAACGGAUUUGCCAACGGUGGAACAUUGGCCAUAGCUCUCUUAUUUCCAAUCGUGAAACCAUUGACCCAAAAUACUUUGGUGAAAAAGUUUGCCAAAUUGCUCUUUGGAUCACCAAUUCCUUUCAAGAACAGCAAUAGAUUUCUUCAACUUGUUUCAUACAUGAUACCCACACUGAGAAUGUGUCUCGUCUUUGCCACGAUUGGAGCAUUUGUGAAUAAUACUCCAGUAGUUGUGUUAGGAUUACCAAUUGUGUUAGAAUGGACUAAACACAAUAAGGUAUCUGCGUCAAAGUUUCUCAUCACACUCACAUACAUUACCUCUGGAAGUGGAUUUUUGACAUUGAUUGGAAAUUCAUCUAAUAUUGUUGCGAAUGGAAUCUACACUACCUAUGGUUAUUCUCCAUUGACAUUUUAUGAAUUUUUCUAUCUUGGAAGUGUGCUUUGCUUAAUAACGAUUAUUUAUUUAAUAACCUAUGGUUUAUGGAUUGUACCUGAUGAAGUAAGAGGCGUCAAUAAUGCCCAAAGAGCUUCCAUACGAUUUGCUAAUCGAUUCUCUUCGAUAAGGCCUCCAAUGAAGGAUAGACAUGAGUUGUUUGUGGCUGUUGUAAGAAUGUCAAAUCUUGCAAAUCAAGAAAAACACACCAAACCUUUCAAAUUGUAUGUUAACUUGUUGGGAAAGAAUGAAGCUCAAGUCAUGAAAGUUCUUGGUUUGGAAGGAGUAGAGCUUGUAGAAAUAAUAAGAACACCCUUAAACAAGGAAUCGACAACUACCAAUGCUGUUGAAAGUCCAUUCCAUCCACAAACACCUCACCGACAAUCCAAUCAUAGUAAGGACGAUUCAACAACCUCAGAAGAAGUAGAGUCUGUCGUUAUUGAAAUUGCAAAAGAGAUGGAACCCACAAACAUUCCUCCAAAGGAGCCUUUACAACUUAGAAUACGAAUUCCAAUUCCACAAAAUGUAGUAAUAGAGAAAGAUGAUAUCUUGAUAUUUAAAGGGUCUCCAAAAUCCAUUCUCUUACUUCAGGCUAUGACCUUUGAGCAAGAUUCAUCCAUGUACAAUGAAAGUACAGAAACAACCAACGUGAUCAGUAAUCAAGCCCCACGAAAAGAAUCAAGCAGCGGAGAGGAAUUUAAUGAGAUACCUCAAGUUGUUAUUCAAGAACGAAUAGUGAACUCAUCACAUUCAUAUUCUUCUGUUGCAUCAGAUGAGGAUUUAAACUCACCAAGCAACAUAAGUGUCCACUCUGUCUCCUCAAAUGAUCGACUCGUAAGCACUCCAUCUUUUAGAGAAAAUUACGUCCUUGAUCAAUUACACCAAAAUUUGAAAAAGUCUUUACCAACAGAAAUCUCCAAAGAAGACAAACAAACAGCAGAAACAAAUAAGAAGCAGAAAGAUGUGGACAAAAUUGAUUCCAAAUCAUUGGAAUUCUUUGAGGUUGUUAUUGGACCUUCAAAUCCAUGUGUUGGAGAGGAAUACCAAGAAUUUGAAAAGAGAUAUCGAGUGACAGUAUUGGCCAUCAGAAAUUUAUAUUUUAAUUCUGAAACGAAUGAACAAGACUUGAAGAAAUUGACGGUCAAUACUGGAGACACCUUACUAGUGGUUGGAAAAACAAAUUUUUAUUUCAAUUUCCAUGAAUCUCAUAGAGAAUUCUACAUGAUUUCACGUUUCAGCGAAGUUUCUCCUUCAUAUGACGCAUUCAAAUCAAAACCUUUUCUUGUAAAGAUACCAUUUUCAAAGAGAAUUUUAGAUUUAUGGUGGUGGGAGCAUUGGAUUUUCCUAUUCUUUUUUGCAAUGAUUGCUAGUACUAUUGCAGGAUUUUCAAUGGUGCAAUGCAGUUUUAUUUGUUUUUGUGUUGUGAUUGCAUUUGGAUUAAUUUCUCCCUCUGCUGCUAUAGAUUCUGUGGACUGGGGUUUAGUUGCCUUGGUUGGUGCAUCAUUUGGUAUAGGCACUGCCAUCACUCAAAGUGGUGUUGGGCAAGGAAUCACAGAAGUGCUGAAAAUUGCGAACAUUCCUCCAAUUCUAUUGCCUGCAUUUAUUACUGCCAUUACCUUAAUCGUUGCAAAUCAUCACUAG